AGUUAUGAAGCAAAGUUGAUUGAGGUAUCAAGCUACUGGAGCGUCGCGCGAAAACAGGCGCAUCAGCAACGCUGACGAAGCUACGCUAACUACAAGAGGCAGGUACUAAGCCGCAUGGAGGGCUGCAGUCAUGUGCCAGCGCCAGCUGGCUCGACGCGGGGUAACCUGGCACGUAGUAACUGCAGUGUGUACGUACCUAGAGAUCGCGAUGAAAGGCUGCGGUCUCGUGAGAUCUGUGUUGCCUUUUUUUUUUUUUUGGUGGACGGUGAGAUUUUGGUGAGGUGGGAGGUUGAUAGCUGUGCUUGGUGGACAUCUACACGUAUGUUGAUAAGUGGAUUGUUCUUAUGCUGGUAUCAACCAUUUGUUUGCUUAUUAUGUAUUUAAGAAACCCGCCACACCCUACAGCGCGGCUACCAAGUCAUGUAUCUAGGAAUGCAUCUCCGAC